AUGUCAUUAUAAAGCUCUAUCAUAGCAAAUCCAUUAAAUGAUAGUUCAAGUGAUGAUAAUAAAAAUGAGUAUGUUCGUAAUGGUUAAUCUGAAUAAGAUGAACAAGAAUAAGUUGAAUAAGAAGAAUAUCCUAUAAAUCCAUUAGAAUCAGAUGAAGAAGGAAAUGAAUCAGCAGUCUUAUAACAUUUAAUCAAUAAUGAUAGUAUUCAAUAAAAUAAUAUUUAGAAGAAGAUCAUUCUUCAAAAAGCAAUGAACUUUCAAAUCCAAUGAUAGAAGAUGAUCCAAUCUCAUUAGAAAAUAUUCAUAAUCAAAAUUUUGCAUCAAUUGGUUAACAAUAUCAUGUUUGUUAAACAGUUUUAGAUUGCAAUAAAACAAUUGAAUUAUAAUAGGACUAAAAUCCUAUAUAUUCAUGUGAUGAAUUGCUAGAUCCAAAAUAAAGUAAUAAAGAGAAAUCAAAAGAAUAAAUAAAGAAUCUUGAAAGUCAAUUGGAAUUAAUAUUAAAAGAGAACCAAAUGUUAAAAAGUAUAAUUAUCAUUAUAAUUGAUUCAAAGAACAGCUACUAGAAAAAGAGAUGUAUUAUAUAGAAUAAGUCAAAAUAAAAGAUCAAGAAUUAACUACUUUAAAUGAAUAAAAUAAAAAUUUGAUUGAUAAUAAUUCUGAGUUAAAAGGAAAAGUGUCUAAUUAAUAAAAUGAGAUUUACUCUUUAUAAUAGUAAAUCAACCAAUUAUAAUCAGAAUAAAUUAUAUAAUAAAGAUCUAAAACAGGAGCUGAAACAACAAGAUAUGACCCUUAGGUAUAAAAUACUUAAGAAUUUAAGGAUUUACAUAAAGCAACUAGUUUAAAUGAUUAAGCAAUUGCAAAUUUGAGUGCUAAUUAAUUAGAAGUAAGGAAAAUACCAACAUUAAGUAUUGAUAUUCCAUCAGCAUUUUCUACCAAACCUAAAUUACCAAUUAAAGAUUAAUUCCUUUUUAAAAAUGGAACAUCUAAAAAUUAUCAUUUAACAAGUAUUUUAAAAUUUUAUCUUUAAGCUGAGGAAUCUAAAAAAUAAAGACUACACAAAAUGCCUAACAACUAAAGAUCAUUAUAAGAUUUAAUCCAUAAAGCAUAAAUAGGCAUAGCAUUUUCAAAAACAAAUAGUAUAAUCAUUAUAUAAUAACAUAAGCUUCAUCUUUGUAAAAGGUUUAGGGUUCAGGAUAACUAUUUUUUGAAAGUAAUUCUACCAAGCGCAAUCAAUAAUAAAUUUAAUUAGCAUCUAAAUAAUGAUCUCCCA